CUCUACCCUAUUUUCACUUAUUAAAAAGACACAUAACAAAACUUUCUUUUAUCGUAACUUUUCACACAUACAUAUAUCUAUAUAUUAUCCUACUAUAUCUAUAUUAUGUCAAAUAGUCGUAGCACUCGACCCGAUGGCGUUUCGCGCCGCCGACGACAGCCAGAGCCGCCGCCUCGAAUAUUACAGGAAUCUGAACAGCAACAAGGACAUGACGAGCAGCCUACAUGUAGAACAUGUUACAAAACGUUCAGUCGCAGCCGUGAUCUUGAUCGACAUUUGCGAACCGUACAUCGACCCCCAGGAACCGGGAUCCAAUGCCCUGAUUGUGGGCUUUUACUGGCCCGUCGUGACAACGUACGGAGACACAGAGGGAACCAACAAUGUCGGCACAGGCUACGAUUCGGACAGCAAAGCUGUAACAUGUGUUGGGCAUGCAAUAAGGUGUUCCAUUCAAAGAACAGCCUAAUGAGACAUCAAAUAGCUUCGCAUAAGCGUCGCAUGGAAUGUAGCGUCUGUGGUGAAGUCUUCUUGAAUCAAUCGUGCGGAUUUCUUCUUGAGCAUCGUGGUUCAGCGAGCUGCAUGCGCCGCUUUGACUUGUUUUUGGAGCUUGGAGGUUUUCUCGCGUCUUUGCCUUUUCCAAUUCCGCCCACAGACGUCAAUGAUCGUGCUCGGGCGAUCCCUGGAAGCAGCAAUGAACACACCCAGUCGUCCUCCUCUCCUUCAACAUAACUGCUAUAGUACCAUAUAAUCGUCUACUGAAAUACGGCCGCUCAUUUUCUUCACUUUACUUUUACUUACUGUUUUACCUUCCUGUAUGCUCCUUCAAACCUAUUUCUAUGUUCUAUAUUUUCUUCUGCUGGUUAUUUGUGUACUUAUGCAUCUUCCUUUUUUUCAUAUGUCCUUUUUUUUAUUCUUAUGUCUUUCCAUUGUUUUCAUGGUGUGCACAGUUCAUAUUCAACAAUUUACCCAGAAAUAUUAUACCUAUGUUUACCAAUAUUUAUAUAUUUUCCUUUAAAUAUAUGCCUCUCGUGUUCAAAAUAAGCCCAAUCAAGGAUCAACUUCUAUAGCUUUAAUGCUACGUCCCUUCAUCUUUAUUUAA